AUGAAUUCCUCUUAUGGCAGGCAUUGGGCAGGCUUGCUCGGUGUUGGAAGUGGAUCCAAUUUUCCCGAUAUUAUUGGUCCUGGCAACUCAUUAUUUGGAACCGCCUGUUGUAACUCAUCCCAGCAGAGGCGAAAUGGUGAAGUAUUCAGCAGCAAUUCAUCAAGAAUCGGCUAUCCUUCGGGACGGGAUACCGGUGCCUUGGAUUCGUCAGUUUCAAUCAACGGUCCUGCUUCUCUUUUAUCAGCCGUCAGUGCGAGUUUUGGCAAUUUGACUGGAGAUCCCCACAGAGGGUUUUCCGAACCCCUCUCUAAUCUUUCUUCUGCGACCGGAAGCGGCCAAUCUAACAGAAAAUCCGAUGCGUCGAUUGAAGCCUUAGCCAGAGCCGUUGCCCUGAUUCAGAAGGCAGAAUUUGCUCAUUUGUCGAUUAGAGCCCCCUCAACUGCUAUCCCUAAUUCUGGAGGAGGUCUUAACCUCGAUCCUUUAGAAUUCCCCCCAAUUUUACCCUCAUCUGGACGUAAAGUCACGGGCCCGAAUUCUAGCGCUUCUCCUCCGGUUACGAAGACUCGUAGCUAUGUUUAUCACCUUUCGAAAGGGCUUGCCUCUGGAGGUAUGGACAAUGCCAGUUCUGGUUCCGUUCAUCCACCUCAUUUGUCCGAUUACUGUACCAACCACAGCCUCUGCUUCGAUUUCCUCAAAUAUGUUGCCUACUUCGUCUAUUUCUUCCAGUCUCUCAUCUAUCUCAACUCAGCCUCGUCACCUUCCCCAUACGAAUAUGAAUGCUACGAAUCAGCUGGCCAGGCAGCAACAACAAACCAUUUCACAGAAUACCCUCCCAAGCGUUUCGCUUACUCAAGCGGUGGGUUUUAUUAA